UGAGUACACUGUCAGUGCUUGCGGAGACGCCGCGUUAAAUUUUUUUUGUUGUGCUCGCGAACGGUUCAAAAAAGCAAAAGUUUAUUGUUUUUGAGUGCUCUCGAGUCCGCAAAUGCUUUGCUGACUGCGCAACGCCGUGAGGAUAGAAAAUAACAGUAAUGCGAAAGACCCGCUCGCAGACGGCUCGCACGCAGGCGGAAAAUGCCGCUACUUCUACGGGGCCCGGACAGCAAUCAGCAGCAUUGGUGCCGACGGCAGUGAACACCUUUGAUGCGGGCAAAUACAAGGAAUGUGAGCAAAUGGUGCAGAUGCUACGUGUGGUAGAGCUGCAAAAAAUCUUGUCGUUUCUGAACAUCUCCUUCGCUGGACGAAAAACCGAUCUGCAGAGCCGAAUUCUGGCCUUUCUGCGCACCAACUUGGAACUGCUCGCCCCGAAGGUUCAGGAAGUCUACGCCCAGUCCGUGCAAGAGCAAUCCGCCACACUGCAGUACAUAGAUCCAACCAGGAUGUACUCACACAUCCAGCUGCCGCCCGCCGUGCAGCAGAAUCAGAUGGGACUGGUAGGAGGGGCCGGCGGCCAGGUGCCGGGCGGCCAGAUACCCGUGGUCGGCGGCGCGCCUUUCUUACCCACGCACAGCAUUAACAACACGCUGCCCAUCCAUCCCGACGUGCGCCUGAAAAAGCUCGCCUUCUACGAUGUUCUCGGCACACUCAUUAAGCCAUCCACACUGGUACCUCGCAACACGCAACGUGUCCAAGAGGUGCCAUUUUAUUUCACUCUUACACCACAGCAGGCGACAGAAAUAGCCUCAAAUCGGGAUAUUCGCAACAGCUCAAAAGUUGAGCAUGCCAUCCAAGUGCAACUACGCUUCUGCUUGGUUGAGACCUCGUGCGAUCAGGAAGACUGCUUUCCGCCGAAUGUAAAUGUGAAGGUCAACAAUAAGCUGUGCCAGCUGCCUAAUGUCAUUCCUACAAACCGACCAAAUGUGGAGCCGAAGCGUCCGCCUCGUCCCGUCAAUGUCACCUCCAAUGUUAAGCUGUCGCCAACCGUCACGAACACCAUCAUGGUGCAGUGGUGUCCAGACUACACGCGCAGCUACUGCCUAGCGGUCUAUCUGGUGAAGAAGCUCACCUCAGCACAGCUCCUUCAGCGCAUGAAAACAAAGGGUGUCAAACCGGUAGACUACACGCGGGCCUUAAUCAAGGAGAAGCUGACAGAGGAUGCAGACUGCGAGAUAGCCACAACCAUGCUUAAGGUGUCUCUCAAUUGCCCAUUGGGUAAGAUGAAGAUGCUACUGCCUUGCCGGGCCUCCACCUGCUCGCAUCUGCAGUGCUUCGACGCAAGUUUAUACCUGCAAAUGAAUGAGCGUAAGCCCACCUGGAAUUGUCCCGUCUGCGAUAAGCCGGCCAUUUACGACAACUUGGUCAUAGACGGGUAUUUUCAGGAGGUGCUGAACUCAACAUUGCUCAAGAGCGAUGACACAGAGAUCCAGCUGCAUCAGGAUGGAUCCUGGAGCACACCAGGGUUGCGUAGCGAGGCGCAGAUCCUUGAUACUCCAUCAAAGCCUGUACAGAAAGUUGAGGUCAUAUCAGACGAUAUAGAACUCAUAACGGACGAUGCCAAGCCAGUGAAGAGCGACUUGUCCCCAGCACCGGACGAACAGCCAACGUCCACGUCGAACAGUGAAACUGUUGAUUUGACUUUGAGCGAUUCCGACGACGACAUGCCGCUGGCCAAGCGUCGUCCACCUGCAAAGCAAGCCGUUGCCAGUUCCACGUCGAACGGCAGCGGAAGCGGCCAACGUGCUUAUACGCCGGGACAGCAGCCCCAGCAAUCUGAGUCCCCAGACCUGCAGCAGGCCCGACACCAAUCGCCGUCAGAGAUGCAGCAAGUCUUAGAUCAGCAACUGCAACUGCAGCAGCUGCAGCAGCAACAGCUCGAACAGCCGGGAACGGCAGCAGCCGUUCAUGCCUCCCUCCUGGAAUCCUUGGCUGCUGCGGUGGCGGAUCAAAAGCAUUUCCAACUGUUGGAUCUAGCUGCCGUUGCGGCUGCUGCAGCUGCCACAGCCUCCGCAUCCUCCUCCGGCCAGAGUCAGAAUGCCGGUCCCUAGGCAGCACCACCACCCACAUCCUACUACGCAUGUAUCGCACAUCUCACAGCCCGCACUUCAUUCUUAUUGUCAUCCAGUCUUUGAUUUGGUUUAUCCUGCUUCUGUUUUCGUUCGCUCCUCUUCUCGCGCGGCGACCCCUGACCAGAUCUUACCUCAGAGGCUAUUGCUAUUCGUUGCCGUUUCCAUCCUUCCAUCACUUUCACACGCUUUCAAUCGUGAUUAAUCGCAAACAACCAACUGAUGCUACAUAACUCUUGU